UUAAUGGUCAUUCAUUAUUUGCAAUGUGGCGUUAAACCUCCAAUACUACCCUGUCUACAUGCUAUGUAUCCUGGAAAAUUCGAAAAUUACACCGAUAUUCAUACAAUAGAUAUCCAUGAAAGGCUUGAACCAUACAAAACAGACAAUAAUCAGUCACUUGGAGAGUUACUACUUGGAUUCUUUGAUUAUUACGCAAACUUUGAUUACUCGGCGUGGGCAAUAUCCAUAAGGCUUGCAAAACUGUUGAAAAUUGAUGAUUGCAAAAAUGAACAAAUGCCAAAGAAUGAUCCGACACAAUGGUUAUACAUUUGUAUUGAAGAACCCUUCGAUCGGACCAACACAGCGAGAUCGGUCUAUCUGUACAAUAUGUUUCUUUACAUUAAGUCUGUAUUUUCAUUUUCAUACAUGAAGUUGAAACAAACUCAUGAUUUAGAUCGGAUUAUGGAUUUGGGAUUACCAGUACCUGAAUUGCAAUCCUCGUCUCUUCCUGUAAAAAAUAUACCUUCGGGAAAAACUGAAACAAAGAAAUCAAAAUAUAAAAAUGGGUGUUGCCUUAGCAAUGAAAAUUCUGACCAAAAGAUAGAAUUAUCAGCAUGCGAAUGCAUACUAAAAUUAAUGAUCGAAUGAAUUUCGAAUUCAAUAUGUAUAUAUAUAUAUAUAUAUCUUUUUAUAUUCAUAAGAAUCGUUUUUAAGAAUUGCGGCUGUGAUCUUAUUAGUAGCAAAUUGUUUUGCUUUAGUCACCACAAAUCGAAAUAUGAAUGU